AUGCCGGAAGAUCAAGAUAUUAGGCAAGCGAUCUUCAAGAUGACCGAACUCUUGCAGAAGAUGGCGCAACCGGCUCCAGCGCCCAGCAAUCCGGAGAAGACUAUUGAAGUUUUGGCAACGAACAUCAGCGAAUUUUCGUUUGAUCCGGAAAAUGGAAUUAUCUUCGAAAAGUGGUUCAGCCGUUAUGAAGAACUCUUCAAUUCGGAUGCUCGUAACUUGGAUGACGCCACUAAAGUUCGUCUACUGCUGACGAAGCUGGAUACUCAAUCUCACAGCCGGUAUAUCAACUACAUCCUGCCGAAGCCUGCGAAAGAUGUCACUUUUAGAUCCUAA